AUGCCCGCAUCUUUCCUGAACAUCUCUCCCGAGGACAACCCUUCACCAACAGUUCCAAUGACAGCCAACCGGGCACCGCAUGGUGCCGGAAAGAUCAGUCGCCGAAAUUCACUCGAAGGCUACCAUAGCAUCAACUUCACGGCAGAGUCAAUGAGGGAUCUCGAUGGAUCCGCGGCUCGUCUUGCCGGUGCGAUUGGUCUUGAUACAUGUCACCAACUUCAUCAACUCUUCUCCAGCGCUUGUCCUGCAACCCAAGACGUUAUCGCCAAUUUUGUUAAAGACAGGCAAAACGACGAUGACAAUCUUAUAUACAUUUGGUUUAUUAAUAUCUGUCAAAGUCAAGUAUAA